ACACGCACGUGACGCCACGUGACGCCCAGGCAGACAUACUUCACCCACCCAACUUUGCUUCUUGUUUGUCCACUCAACCUCCACCUUUCUGCUUCCUGCUUCAUCGACACUCUUCGCAUCGUCCUUCUUCGAGACCAUGCAGGGGCUCCGACCUCUCUGCUCUGCUUGGUAACGAGCAGCAUCAAUUGAGAUCACUUCAUCCUCCGCAAGACCACGAAGGAUCUCCAACACCUCUGCUCUCACCGUUCAACCCUCACUUUAUUUCAUCCGACGCCACAAACGAACACAGCAAACAUGGCACCCUCCCGGUACAACAGAAGCCACGACUACUGGAAGAUUGGCGACUACAGUAACGAGCCCAUGGCGCGUAUGCAACGAGUGCUUGCCAAACGGAACUUCAAAGCUCCUCGCGCCAAAGACAGAGAGAUGCUGGAAGGAUACAUGAAGCGCAGCGACCGUGGUCUCAUGUCGUACGUCGGCUGCAAGAACAACGAGCUGCGGAAGUUCAUCCGUGACCGUGGCAUCGAGAUGGCGAGCGACCGGCGUAAGAAGGGCUUGCGAUGGGAGCUGCUCCAGGCGCUCGAGAACGCAGACAAAAACCUCCGGUUCGAAAAGUUCACCAGUCUACCGCCCGAGUUGCGCAACAUGGUUUACGAGUGGUACUUCGCCGGCUUCAAAGAACCGCUCGAUGCUCCUGUGCAGCCGCCGAUCACACGAACAUCCAGCUUGAUUCGGACAGAGGCUCUGCCCGUCUUCUACGCAUCUUGCAUCUUCGCAUUGAGCCUGCGGAAAUGGAAGAGACUGGUGGAAACGACAAUCACCCACGAAUGUCUUCUCUGGCUCGUGAGCUGCAACACGAAGUACCUUCCGCGAAUUCGACGUCUUGCCGUGCAAUUACAGUCGCCGAACAAGGUCCACGCGCUCUUCAGCAUCGAGUUGCGAAAGAGUUUCGAAGCGUCUGACGAGGUCACAGGGUGGGCGCCUGACCAGCAGAUCGGCCCACUCAUGAAGCGGAAGCUGGAGCAAGCGCUCGGGGAUGUCGUAGCGGCACCAGGAGAGGGCGGGAAGCUGAAUAUGGGGCAUUUCUUCGCUUUGCGCGAGGAAGUCAGGGCGGGCCAUUGGUAUAAGUAGAACGGGCAGAGCAACGGUGCUGGACGAACCCCAAAGAGGAUGACAACAACGAAGGCAAUGGCAUGCGUGGAAUGAAUUCAAUCAGAGGAGAGCUGGGAGCUGAUGGAAAGGAGAG